AUGACGGAUAGCAAGGAAGCGAUGGUUCGCUGGUUGAAAGUCCAGGAUGCGCCAUUCGGGUCGUUCCAUGCACGCCGUUUGCUGUUUGAUCGCCACAGCCGGCGACCGUUGCUCGUCGCUGAGAAAAAAGGCUCACCCUAUUUGGCUUUGGAACAGCGCAAAGCCAGAGCGCGGAGCCGCAGCUGGAAGUGCAUAGGGCAAGUUGUCCCGCAGAUUGCUGACAGUCCUCUCAGCGGUACUACGUCGACCUCCUUAAAGGACGGGCAAUCCGAUCCCAGCUGCCUUAGCUUGUCAGGCCAUGUCAGGCCAUUGGUUGUCGCUUGUGUCCCCGUGCUGCGUAUUUGUGGUGUGGUUGCACCAUGUUGCACCUCAGCCGUACAACAUUUUGACCUACAUGGCGAGGCCAAACGUGCUGUGUCAGCUACUGCUGAGGUGCACACGGGUAUCGUGGGCAGAGUGACGCGGACCAAACAGAAGGAUGUCGCGGUCUUAGGCUUUCGAAAUCACCCUCGGACGUUUGUUGUUGAACUUUUUGGCUGGAAGGUCUUCACUAGCUUGCUUGGCUUCGAGGUUCUCACACUGCACGCAGCAAGGUUGUUGGUUUGGAGGUUUUUGCCACCAGAAGAAUUCAAAUUCUGCACCAGAUUUGGGAACAGAGAACCAUAUUCCAAGCUCAUCUUUCGUGGUUUCCGCUAUUUCUGUACGGGCGGUCAGUGGUUGCAAACGCAUCUUCCUCAGACUCUGAUGUUGAGCCUGCCAUCUCUCGUAUUCCUACCCUCCCUGUGUGUCUUUGGGCUGACCGAGAUGGACCCUCAGUGGGGGGACUUCACCGAGGUCCACAGCAAGCUGUACGACGAAAUCAUGAGUUCCAUCGACCUGGUCUUCGGGCACUUCAGCGAUGGAGUUCGAGGACUUCCGGCGGAACGCCUCGGGCAGGCCAUGCGGAUCCUGGGGAUGAACCCCACGGAGGAUCAGGAUCUUUGGCCGCAGAUUGUCUACAAACACUUGGCAGAUCUUGGUCGCCCAUACAUCGACCAAGCGACGUUUCACCGUUUCAUCCAGGACGAAUUGACAAAGUAUCUCGAACAGGUUCAGGCUGUGGUUGACUAUUUGAAGCAAUAUGAUACGGACAACAAGGGCGCCUUGUCCACUGAAGAAGUUCAAGCAGCGAUCAGAGGAAGUGAGCUGAGCCAGAAGAAGCUCCAGGCAAGUGUCGCAAAGAUGGCAAGUAACAGUAAAGGUCAGCUGGAUAUUGUGGAGCUGGCAACGUGUUUUCUGGAGCUGGGUGACUCUGAGGACAUGCUUGAGCCAUCGGAGGCAGAGAAAGAGAGAGCAUCUGCGAGCGAAGCAGAUAGCAAAGCAGUCGAAAUUCAGGUGGUCAAAGAUGAUGUAUCAGCUGAUGCCGAGGAGAGCGCCAGUGGCCCAGCAGCCUACAGCACGAUGUUCAACGACAUCAUCGCUUCCACGAACGCGGUCUUCAGAUAUUUCUCCCAGCCUUCUGGAGUUCCCGCGGAACGACUUGGACAUGCCAUGGCUAUUCUUGGGAUGAAGCCCACGGAAGAUGAGGUCAAAAAGCAUUUGGCAGAUCUCGGUGGUCCAAAAUACAUUGACCAAAAGAUGUUUCACCGUUUCAUAGAGGAGGAAUUGGGAAAGCUGAUUCCGAAAGUUCAGGAAUUGCUGGACUAUCUAAAGCAGUUCGACACGGACGGUAAAGGCGCAUUGUCAGAGGAAGAGCUGCAAGAAGUGAUGAGAGGAAGUGAGCUGAGCCAGGACAAAGUCCAGGCCAGUCUUCGGAAGCUGCCGAGGAACAGUGAAGGUCACCUAGACAUCGUGAAACUGUCCAAGUACUUCUUGGAGCUUGGCAACUCUCAGGUUGAAGCUGACGACUCGAUUCCUGGUACAGCGAAAACUAGGCAGGAUGUCGCCUCCCAGGUGCGAGAAGCCAUUGCCAAAGCGGCCGACGCAGAAGCUCGAUACGGCUUGAAAGAUCCACAGGCUUUCGCCCAAUUCCUACAAGAUUCGGAUGUUCGGUUGGUACGAGCCAAGUACUUGGUAGACUUGGUUCUCUCCAAACGGCCGUUGCCGAGACGGCAAGAAGCAGAAACCGAGACCUUCACGUGCGGUGGCGAGCCUCAGAGUGCGUUGGUGACGCACGAAGAAGUGCAAAAUUGGGCCAAGGGGACCCAGGAGGCGAUCAUUUGUUCCAUUUCCCACGCCUGGGAAACCAGGGAACAUCCAGAUCCGUGUCGGCACCAAUUGCAGCACAUCGUCAAUCAUACGGGAUUGUACGGUGCUGCAUUCGAAGCAGACAUUUGGAUCUUCUAUGAUUACAGCUCGCUCUUCCAAUACGAAAGAACCACCUCACAUGAAGAGAAGAGCUUUCGAAAGGCGAUGAACAACAUGCACCUCAUGUAUGCUCACGAAUGCACUUUGACAUUCAGGAUCGAAACCCUUACUCCAGAGCAUGUUUGGAACACCAUGCUGGCUGAUGAAAAAGCUGUUGUCCGAGUGUAUGAUGCAGGCAGCAAGACUCUGAAAGAGAAGCCCUUGAAGCUCUUGGAAGCCAACAGAACUCCAUACUUACAACGAGGGUGGUGUAUGGCAGAAAUCGAAUGGUCAUCUCUGAGAGGAGUGAAUGCACAACAUCAACACAUCGACAGGCCGAAGGAUCCGAAGUCUGAGACGCAGAAAUCCGAUCAUCUCAAUGGGAGAGUGCCUAUGAUCCCUGAGAAUUUCAGGCAGCAAAUGGAGCAAGCAAAGUUCACCCAUCGCUCGGAUGCUGACGCAGUGAUCUAUUUGCAACAGAAGAUUUUCAGGGAGAAGGUGAUCGAAUGUCAACACUUGGUGUUGGAAGGCCUUCCGGCCCAAGAGAUCUUGGCACUAGCGCGUGCGCUCCCACACUACGAAAAUCUGAAGAGCCUGACGGUGAGGAGGUUUCGAUGUGGUGAGGAAGAGGCAACGUCCCUAGGGAAGGCUUUGGCAUCACGUCAAGUGGAGACGCUUGAAAUCAGCUGGGGCAUCGGUGAAAGUGGCCGAUUCAUGGUGAAGGCUCUCGCAGAAGCCUUGAAGAUCAAUAGCUCCGUGCGGGACAUGAAUUUGGCAUGUAAUGAGAUUGGUGCCGAGGGAGCUCAGGCUCUCGCAGAAGCCUUGAAGAUCAAUAGCUCCGUGCGGGACAUGAAUUUGGUAGGGAAUGGCAUCUGUGACGAGGGAGCUCAGGCUCUCGCGGAAGCCUUGAAGACGAAUAGCUCCGUGCGGGACAUGAAUUUGGCAUAUAACAUGAUUGGUCCCGAGGGAGCUCAGGCUGUUGCAGACGCCCUGCAGAGGAAGACUUGGACUGACGGUGACCUGGACGACAGUGACUUGGACGACGGAGCCAAGGAGAGUGAUGAUCAAGUCCCCGGCAGACGCCCUUUUGAAGCACCGGUUCGUCUUCAGGCACUGGCUGAAGCUUUGAAGACGAACAAAUCCGUGACAAGCAUCAACCUGCGUAGCAAUUCCAUCGGCGAUGAGGGAGUGAAGGCACUAGCUGAAGCUUUGAUGACGAACACUUCCGUGACAAGCAUCGACCUGUCUGGCAAUUCCAUCGGCGCUGAGGGAGUGAAGGCACUAGCUGAAGCUUUGAUGACGAACACUUCCGUGACAAGCAUCGACCUGUCUUACAAUUCCAUCGGCGAUGAGGGAGUGAAGGCACUGGCUGAAGCUUUGAAGACGAACACUUCUGUGACAAGCAUCAACCUGCGUAGCAAUUCCAUCGGCGAUGAGGGAGUGAAGGCACUAGCUGAAGCUUUGAUGACGAACACUUCCGUGACAAGCAUCGACCUGUCUGGCAAUUCCAUCGGCAAUGAGGGAGUGAAGGCACUAGCUGAAGCUUUGAUGACGAACACUUCCGUGACAAGCAUCGACCUGUCUGGCAAUUCCAUCGGCAAUGAGGGAGUGAAGGCACUAGCUGAAGCUUUGAUGACGAACACUUCCGUGACAAGCAUCGACCUGUCUGGCAAUUCCAUCGGCGCUGAGGGAGUGAAGGCACUAGCUGAAGCUUUGAUGACGAACACUUCCGUGACAAGCAUCAACCUGUCUGGCAAUUCCAUCGGCGCUGAGGGAGUGAAGGCGCUAGCUGAAGCUUUGAAGAAGAACAUCUCCGUGACAAGCAUCUACCUGCUUGGCAAUUCCAUCGGCGAUGAGGGAGUGAAGGCACUAGCUGAAGCUUUGAAGACGAACACUUCCGUGACAAGCAUCAACCUGCUUGGCAAUUCCAUCGGCAAUGAGGGAGUGAAGGCACUGGCUGAAGCUUUGAAGACGAACACUUCCGUGACAAGCACCAACCUGCAAUGCAAUUCCAUCGGCAAUGAGGGAGUGAAGGCACUGGCUGAAGCUUUGAAGACGAACACUUCCGCCUUGAAGCAAGUGAUCGAGGAAAAGAAGAAGAUGGGUUUCGAGCUAGACAUCAGAUUCAAUCUCAGCUGA